AUGGCUUCACCGAGGACGAUAACCAUUGUGGCCCUCUCUUUCGCUCUUGGUCUUUUUUUCGUCUUCAUGGGCACCAUAAAGCUCACACCAAGAUUAAGCAAAGAUGCUUACAGUGAGAUGGUAAGUAAACCUUUAGCGACAAUAAGCUGCAGCUGGAAGCGAAAGCCAUUGUUCUGCCUAUAUCGACGCUCUCAGGCUCUAAUAAUGUGCUGUGUGCUGUGGACCCACAUUUGUAAAAGAUCAUGAAAUAAAAUAGCUUAUAAUAUCUAACUGAUAUAUACGAUUUGAUUGUAUGGUUUGUUUCAAUCGUGGGAAUGAAUUUACCCAAGCAAGCAAUGAAAUGAUGGGACCUGCUGCGUGAUUAUAGCCGAUAAUAAAUGAUUUAUUGAAGUAUAAUGAUAGAAAAAUAUUACGUUUGUCUAUUUUUCUACGAAAGAUUACAUAAAAUAAAAGAUUACCUUUAGGCAUAAUUAAAAUCGAAUGAAUAGGCUACAGUUUAUUCGGCUACAAAUAAAUAGGCCUGUUUAUUUGAAAUAGCGACUAGGCAAAUAACAGUAGGCCUACACAUUUGUCCAGUAGUAGGCCUAUUUAAUGUCAAAUUAUCUGUUAUUAUUAGCCUAAUAUUAAUUUUAAAAACUGUUUUUGAAGGUACAUUUUUACAUAUAGGCUACAGGCAAUGGCGGCGCAUUCGAGCAAAUUCUGAGUUGCACCUGCCUGUUUGGUGCGGAUGUUGACUUUGCUUAUUAGGCUACCAGCGAUGUUAAUGCUCAUCUGUGCUCUGCUCCUCAUUCAUGUAUGUUCUAAUGUAAUUCUUAUUCCAUGCCGAAUAGGCCUAGUCAUUACAUUUCAACGUUUUGGUUGAUUUGAGUAUUUUAAGGAAUAUCAAAGACAGUGGUUUUGGUGGUGUCACUGCUGUAGGCCCAAACCCUUCCUUAUUCCAGAUUUUCCAUCCUAUAGGAAAAGGGCAUUUCGGUGAUGCUUGUAUAUACUACUUACAGUUAUAACUCUUAAAACUCAAUAGUUCGACUAUUUUGAUAAAAUUAACAACAAAGACGUCUGUGUCAGUGUCAUGAUUAUAGAUAAACUGGUAGGCCUAGACAUGGCCCUAUUGGAACUGAAACUUCCUUAGAGCAAGGUUCUACAAAUCGGAGAAAUUAUAUACUGUAGCCUAUAGUGCGCCACUAAUAAUGAAUGGAAUUACCUCUUUUGCAUCUAUGAAAAUGAAUGCUGAAAUGUUCUCUCUCCUCGCUUUUCAGAAAAGGGCAUACAAGAGCUAUGCCAAGGCCUUGCCAGGUCUAAAGAAGAUGGGCAUCAGCUCGGUGCUGCUCCGUAAGAUCAUUGGCUCACUGGAGGUGGGCUGUGGUGUGGUUCUGACAUUGGUGCCAGGGAGACCCAAGGAUGUGGCUAACUUCCUGCUCUUGCUGGUCAUGCUGGCAGUCCUCUUCUUCCACCAGCUAGUAGGAGACCCCCUGAAACGAUAUGCCCAUGCUCUGGUCUUUGGUAUUCUGCUCACCUGCCGACUGCUCAUUGCCCGCCAGAGUGAGGACCGACCUGAGAGGGAGGAGAGCAGGGAAGAACACAUCAAUGCCCAGGAAAAUAACAAAGUCAAGCAAUCCUAA